AUGGGGGAGGCGUUCAGGCUCAAGCUGCUCCAGGAAAUGAGGCUUCCCUUUGCUUUACUUCUUGCCGUUGGGCUCACACUGGGGAGAACCAAUAUCACAGAUGUUGGUCGAGAAUGGACCUUUAAUGUGAAAUGCGAAGAUUGUGUAGUUAUGAAUGACUUCAGCUGUGCUCAAGUUACGGAAUGUCCCUAUCACAUCAGGCGCUGUCUGAUAAUCUCCAUUCGUUUGAACCCACGGGAACUAUUAGUUUAUAAAAGCUGUACAUUCAACUGCACAUUUGUAUAUCCAUCUGAAAUGCCUCCUGAAACCCCAAGAAGACGCUACAAAACUAAUAGUUUCUACUUCGUUCGUUGUUGUAAUGGCAUGCUUUGCAAUGCAGGAGGACCUACUAAUGUUGAAAGGGACUUGCUGCCUGAGGAAAUAAUUGAGGAGGAGCUUCCAUCUGGAGCUAUAAGUUUCUGGGAGUGGAAAUAUGUCGCGAUCUUUGCCUCUAUCAUAGUCAGCAAUACACUGGCUUGA